AUGGCCACGGAAGCCUCGAGCGCGGCAGUGGCGCUUCCGGAUAAGAUGGAUUCCAGCAAGCUUGUCGCAGAAACAGUCGAUGGCGUGGCCGGGGAAAUCCCUGUUAUCGCUCUGAGCCUCUUCUCAUGCCCCGAAUUGACCAUGCUCGUGGUGGUUCACAUGCUAACGGCCGCGCGUGUGUGUCUGGUGGCGGCGGGGGGGCCCAUCAGGAUCAUCCAGGACAACUACGCGAAGAUCCAGGCGGUGGAGAAGGAGCUGGAGGCGCUGCACCUGGAGGUGAAGCUCACGUCGGGGUCCAAGAAGGCGGGCAUGGAGCUGCUAAGGCAGAAGAUCGAGCAGAGCACGGAGAAGGCCAGGCUGCUGCGCAAGAAGGAGGAGCAGGCCAAGAAGGUAUGGGAGGCAGCAGCGAAGCUGGUGGAGGAAGAGGAGCAGAGGAAGCAGCAGCUGUGUGAUGACCUCAGAAUGAUGGUGCAGCAGAACGCGCUGCAGCAGUACGAGCGGCUGGAGGCGCUCACGCACAAACUGGACGCCCUCAACCCUGAGAUGAGGGGACCCGCCUUGGAGGCCAUUCAGGGCCUGCGCGCCAAGAUCGCCCCCCACGGCGUCCUCCCCGUCUAUGUGAGCCUCUCCGCCCUGCUCCUCCCUUCCUUUUCCCACCAGCUUGCUCUCUACCCUUCCAUGUCGCAAGGCAGGGAAGCACCUGCGUCUGCCGAGGGCACGUGUGCCCCAUCAGCUUCCCCUGUGGACGCCACCAGCAGCACGGCACCCGCGUCAACAGCUGAUGCUCCUGCCACCACCCCCAAAGCCCAGGGGGCAGAGGGGGACGCGCAGAGCCAAGGGCAGGAAGGUAGUUCUGGCGCCACAGCAGCAGCAAAUGGCAGUAAAGGAGCGGAUGGGGGAGCAGCACCAGCAGCGCGACUGUCUAUAAGCCGUGGGAGAGGCAGAGGGCGGGGGAGGGGUUUGAUUGCCAAGGGGGGAAACAAGGCAGGAGGGGAUGGGCAGUGGACGGGUGCAGGGUUUGAUGUGGAGGAUGAGAGCAUUGCAUGA